AUUGAGUCUCUGCGGAUACCUCGUUCGUUUCUCUUGUACUUCAAAAUUUCCAAUUUCCUGGUCUGGGUCCUAGUCAGUCCGCUGUUUCUCUUGACCCCCUUUUAUUAAGUUCAGAAUUCCAGUUCCAGUUUACUCGUGCCCUAAAUGCUGCUCAUCUUUCUUCUAUUUUUAAUCGGAUGCCACUGUUUUCCAAUUGGUGGAGUUUUCUUUUUGGGGACUAGAGCAGUACUGGCAAGGCACGGAUUUCCAAUCUGGGACUCUGAACAAGGCAUCUUCUUUUUCAUUUAUGUUUGUAGACUUCUCAUGAGAAAUCUACGAAUGUUACUGUUGCUUUGAAAUCUUUACUUCCUUGGAUGAUUUUGUUCAAAUUUGAUGCGAUGAACUAGCAGUUGGGCAAUCCUUAGUUGAAGUUGCUGUAUCUUAGGCUUCAUUUCACUAUGGCAUCUGUCCUCCUCCAGUGGAGUAGCUUUGCGUCAAUUAUUUUGUUCAGAUGAAUAUGUUGCAAAUGGAAUAUUUGUUGUAUGUGGCACAUACCAUUGUUUUCGUUGCCGUAUCUAGGGUUUCAUUUAACUAAUGGCAGUCUUCUUCCAGUGGAGUAGCUUUGCAUCGAUUAUUUUGUUAAGAUGAAUAUGUGACUAUGUGAAUGGAAUAUUUGUUGUAUGUAGCACAUAUCAUUGUUUUCUACGGCUUCAGAGAAUAAACAGAGGAAGGGCUUUUUUGUUCAUGGGAAUGUAUAGCCAGUAAAGAUUUUCUCUCUUAAAAAUAGAACAUGUCACAAUAGUGUAAGUGUCUGAAGUUUCACGGAGCACAGGCUUUGCAUUAGCAUGAUGAGCUUAAAUAGCCAAAUUCUACUUUUUUGUCUUAAUUAAGACCUAACUAUGCUGCAUUGGUUGUCCUUAUAAUUUUGUAAGUCAUGUAAUUCCCAAUGUUCUUAUAAUCAGCUUAAGGAUUAAUUUCCAAAAACAUUUGCAUGUGGUAAUAUUCCUCGGAAGGAAAAUGGCGAGGUUGUCUUGAUGUAUUCUACAUGAGUGAGAUUUUCUUCCUGUUAAUCAAUACCUUUCCAGAUUUGAUGAACAGAACCUGCCUUUUGUGGGUGUUGUCAGUUUAACUCGCUAAUGGUAACUGUACUAUUCGUAUUCUUAGUUUUUCGUCGAGAUAAGCAGCAUUACUGAAUGGCCAACAACCCGCAGUUUUCCGGCGUACAGCCUUAUGUUGGUUUAUGUACUAAUUAUGUAAUCUGCUGCCAUUUAAAGCCUCCUCCUCCACCUCCUUUGGUUGGUUCUGCUGAUGCUCCUCGAAGUUAUACCCCAGGUCCACCCAUGCCGAUGCAAUUCCGGUCAGUUGCUCCACCAGUGCCACAACAGUCUCAGCAGUUUCUUCCUGUGCCUUCUCAACAUUUUCAACCUGUUGGGCAUGGUGUGAAUGUGAUGAACCCUGGGUUGUUUUCCCAGCCUCAGCAAGUCCAAUAUCCGCCGCCAUCCAUCCAGCAUUUACCCGUAAUGCCUGGUCAAUCUGCACAUGGUCCUCUUCCAUCUCAGCCAAUUCCACUGACUAAUGCUCAGCCUAAUAGGCAUGUUGCAUCCGGAACAUCGCUACCUCCACCUCCACCUCCAAAUCAAAAUCCUACUGGUUGCAACCCGAGUUUAGGUGGCCCAUUACCGUAUAGUUUUGCACCAGUUCCUUACCCUCCGCCACCAGUGACUUAUAAUGCUGUAGCCCAGUAUCAGCCUAUCGCACAAGUACAAGCAUCUAGUGCUCCUGCCCCAUCUCAGCCUGGAGUAUCAUCUGCGAAGCCAAGUACUCCUGCUAAUUUGCUGCAUCACAAUGGUGAACAGCCGUCAGUGGCCAAUUCAAAUGUUUUGACAAGGGGUAUAGACUGGAAGUCCGCUGAAGGAGUAUCAACAGAUUGGAUAGAGCAUGUAUCUACGGCUACUGGAAGGAGAUAUUAUUACAACAAGAAGACGAGAACAUCUAGUUGGGAAAAACCUUUUGAAUUGAUGACUCCAAUUGAGAGAGCGGAUGCAUCAACUGACUGGAAGGAAUUCAUGAGUCCUGAUGGCAGAAAGUACUUCUACAACAAGGUUACCAAGCAGUCCAAGUGGGAAAUCCCCGAGGAACUGAAGUUGGCCCGCCAAGAAGUAGCAGAAACAUCUACGGUGGAGACACCAGCUGAAAGUUCUCCUGCCCCAGCUUCUGACGUUUCCCAUGUGGAUAAGAUGACAUCGGGGUCAGAUCCUUCAUCCUCCACGACACAGGAUGCACCAUCUAGUCCUGUUCCUGUUGUACCCAUUGCUGCUGUUGGGCAGUCUCAUACUUCUGAAUCAUCUCCAUUAGCUGCUGCUGUGGCUUCUUCUUUAACUACACAUACAGAUUGUCAAAAGCCAGCUUUGGAUGAAGGAACUGCUGAGGUUCCUGCCACCUUGGGCGACCCUAAACUAGGAACAAGGAUCAACUCCAGCAACAGUUCACCUGAAUAUCCUAACAUAGAAGAACAGGUUGCAAAACAAGAUAAAGAGGAUGCAGGGAAAGAUAUAUCAACAAGUGAGAAAAUGAACAAUGCUACGGCAGAAGAUAAAACUGCUAUAAGGGAGCCCUUAUCUUUUAUUGAUAAACAGGAAGCAAGAAAUGCAUUCAAACUGCUUUUGGAGUCUGCCAGUGUUGGGUUAGACUGGACCUGGGAGCAGACCAUGCGUGUGAUAAUAACUGAUAAAAGAUAUGGUGCACUCAAAACACUUGGAGAAAGGAAGCAAGCAUUUACUGAGUUCUUGGCAGAAAGGAGAAAACAGGAAGCUGAAGAGAGGCGCACCAAGCAGAAAAAAGCACGUGAGGAAUUCAGGAAUAUGUUAGAAGAGUCGAGUGAUAUAACUACAGCAACCCGAUGGAGCAAAGUGAUAUCCUUAUUUGAACAUGAUGAACGUUUCAAAGCGAUUGAAAGAGAGAGAGAUCGCAAGGAUUUGUUUGAUGCAUAUUUGGAGGAGCUAGCAGAGAAGGAACGAGUAAGAGCUCAUGAGGAGCGCAAAAGAAAUGUUAUGGAGUACAGACAGUUUUUGCAGUCUUGUGAUUUUAUCAAGGCAAGCACCCAAUGGAGGAAAGUUCAAGAACGGUUAGAGGCUGAUGAAAGAUGCUCACGACUGGAAAAGAUUGAUCGGCUGGAGAUCUUUCAGGACUACUUACGUGAUUUGGAGAAAGAAGAAGAAGAGCAAAGAAAGAUACAGAAGGAAGAAAUGAGAAAGGCAGAGCGUAAAAACCGUGAUGAAUUCCGUAAACUGUUGGAAGAACAUGUAGCUGCUGGGACCCUUACAGCCAAAACUCAUUGGCGUGAUUAUUACUUAACGGUUAAAGAUCUACCUGCUUAUUUAGCUGUUGUAUCAAAUACAUCUGGCUUAACUGCUAAAGAUUUGUUUGAUGAUGUUGCUGAGGAGCUAAACAAACAGUAUCAUGUGGACAAAACUCGAAUAAAAGAGGUGGUGAAGUUGAAAAAGGUUCCUAUGGCUUCAGCAUGGACAUUGGAAGAUUUUAAAGCUGCUUUCGAACUGGAUGUUGCCUCCCCCCCUGUAUCCGACCCAAAUCUACAGAUGAUAUUUGAGGAAUUGCUUGAAAGAGUCAAAGAAAAGGAGGACAAAGAGGCCAAAAGGCGCAAGCGUCUUGCAGAGGGUUUCCUUGAUCUGUUGCGUUCCAUCAAGGAAAUCACUGCAUCCUCCAAGUGGGAAAGUUGUAAAGAGCAAGUUGAUGGUAGCAGAGAGUUCAGUUCAAUUGGUGAAGAGAGCUUCUGUAGAGAGAUUUUUGAGGAAUACAUAAAUCAACUAAAAGAUCAGGAGAAGGAGAACGAGCGCAGGAGAAAAGAUGAUAAGGCAAGAAGGGAAAGGGAUAGAGACGAUAGAGAGCGAAGAAAGUUGAAGCACAGAAGGGAGAAAGAAAGAGGUCAUGAGAGAGAAAAGGAUCAGUUGAAGGAGGAAAUGGAGAGUGAGAGUGUUGAUGUGGUAACAGACGCCCAUGCAUCGGGUGACGACAGAAGGCUGGGCAGUGAGAGUAGCAAAAAACAAAGGAAGAGGCAUCAUCAUGGAAUAGGUGGGGACGAUGAUCCCGAAGAAAGUGAAAAAGAGAGGUCCAGAGGCAGCCACAAACAUAGUAGUGACCACAGUAAAAGAGGGAGAUGGAAUGGUACUACCCCCGAUUCGGACAGUGAGAGCAGGCAUAGAAGGCAUAAGAGAGACCACCACCAUAAUGGUUCUCGUAGGACUGGUAAUCAUGAGGAACUUGAAGAUGGAGAGUUUGGGGUGGAUGGGGAAACCCGGUAGUGGAGGUCUUGGCCUCAAGUCUUGUUAAUUUUCAUCUCUUCUUUUAUCUGUCUCGGACUUUACGUUAAUGAUCUUUACCAGAGUUAUACUACAGGCCUUCGUUUCAUUGAGGUUUUCACCCCUCUGUUUUGUGCAAUAUUGUUGU